AUGGACGGACCCGCUACCGAUUUACCAUCCCUGACAAAGUGGCAGCCAGGCCCUUUGGUUGUAGUGUGGUUUGCUCUGCUGCUGCGAUGCAUGGUCUCGCUGUGGCCGUACUCUGGGCAAGGAGAGCGGCCCAUGUACGGUGACUACGAAGCACAGAGACACUGGAUGGAGAUCACCAACGCCCUGCCGCUUCAUCAAUGGUACAGAUUCGAUCUGGAGUAUUGGGGGCUGGACUAUCCUCCUCUGACAGCCUAUGUCUCGUGGGCCUGUGGUCAGCUGUCGAGGGUUGUGGAGCCCGCAUCUAUGGCCCUCGGUCUAUCUCGUGGCUACGAGACUCAGAGCCACAAGGCCUUCAUGCGGAUGACGGUCUUGUUGUUGGAUCUCGCCAUCUUCUUCCCCGCCGCAGCAGCACUCACGAGCAGGUUAGCUAUUGACAGGACGGUGCGGAGGGGAAGAGGGGUGCCCCUCCUAGAGCAUUGGGAUCAUCCUGCGGCGACGAGGGCUCUGUGCAUGGUGCUCCUUUCGCCGUCCCUGGUGCUCGUCGAUCACGGACACUUCCAGUACAACUGCGUGUGCCUCGGGCUGGCCGUGGCGGCCGCUGCUGCGGUGGCUAGCGGAAAACGUGGCGGAGAACUUGUCGGCAGCGCUCUCUUCUCCUUGUCUCUCAACUUCAAGCAGAUGGCUCUGUACUAUGCUCCAGCUUUCUUCUUCUACCUGCUGGCCUCUUGUGUGUGGAGUAACCCGGCGGGCACGAAGGCGAUUGGAAGCCAUGCGGAUGGCACAGCGACGUCGUUGAACCGUUUGUCGGGGGUGUUGCGGCGGGUGCUCGGCCUCGGGUCUGUGGUGAUUAUCACUUUCAUGGUCUUGUGGGCACCGUUCUGCCUUUUGCGGGACGAUGAUUCUGAGGAUGGUUCCGACGCGCAAAGCGGAUGCCUGUCUGCGAUGGGCCAGGUGUCAGUGAGGUUGUUCCCCUUCUCUCGGGGACUGUUCGAGGACAAGGUCGCCAACCUCUGGUUCUGCCUCGACGUCGUAUUCAAGCUGAGGAGGAGGCUGCCGGUGCCGCAACUCGCGAAGCUGGCUCUCGCGUCGACGCUGAGCCUCUUGGUGCCGGUGGGAGCGGAGCUGUUGAGGCCGGGCCGAUCGCCGACGGCAAGGAGGCUGGUGCUGGCCCUCUUCAACAGCUCCAUGGCCUUCUUCUUGUGUUCUUUUCAGGUGCACGAAAAAAGCCUGCUGCUGCCACUCUGCCCACUGGCGUUUCUCUGGAGAGACGCGCCCCUGUUCACGACGUGGCUACAGGUUAUCGGCGUUUUCAGCAUGAAGCCGUUGCUCGCUCGGGAAGGGCUGCUCGUGCCUUGUGUGGUGUGCACCUUGCUCUACGUCGCCGCCUCGGUGGUAAGUCACACCCAUCGCCCAUCACCCAUCACCCAUCACCCAUCACUCACCACUCAUCCACUUUAG